GUGGUGGUGGUGGUGAAUGAUGUCCUCGCAAAUUGCUCUGGUUCGUGCUCUUUCCAGUUCAGCCAGGAAAUGACACCCUUAGUCAGUGAAGUGGAGUACUUGUCAGAUGAUGGAUCCCAGGCUACAAUAGUUAUCAGAGGAACUGGCUUCACUGGGGAGAAGCCAGCACUCCAGGUAGAGGUGAACAGCUCAACAUGCCACGUCAUAACUUUGAAUGAAACCAAACUAGUUUGCCAAAUGGAGAGGCUGCCAGUUGGAGUCUACCAGGUGACGUUACUGGUGAGACCUUACGGCUUUGCACUUAACACCAGCACAGGAGAAGGCAUCUUUUUAAGAGUUGAGCCCAAGCUGGUGGCUAUUGAACCUCCUACAGCUUCAGAAAUCG